ACUGCUCAACUUCUCCAACAACAGUCAGUUUUCAUUGCUGUUGCUGUUGACGCUGUGAUCGGUCCAGGUUAAGUGCGUGUGUCCAAAAUAAGCUAAAAGCCAAGCAAAGCCAUCUCCAAACAUAAUUGUCAAUUAGGAAGCGCAGCUGGAGCUGAAUUUUUGGAAGAGAACUUUGAGGGAAUUGCAUUGAGUAAGCACAGAAAUGGCUGACGAAGCACAAGCACCACCAGCUGAGGCCGCCCCACCAGCAGAAGGCGCACCACCAGCCGAAGGCGAGGCAGCACCACCAGCCGAGGGUGAGGCACCACCCGCCGAGCCCACCGAGCCGAUCAAGCACAGCUACACCCUCUUCUAUUUCAACGUUAAGGCACUGGCAGAGCCAUUGCGCUAUCUGUUCGCCUAUGGAGCCAUUGAAUACGAGGAUGUUCGCGUCACUCGAGACGAGUGGCCCGCUCUUAAGCCGACCAUGCCCAUGGGACAGAUGCCAGUGCUGGAGGUGGAUGGCAAGCGUGUGCAUCAGAGCAUCUCGAUGGCCCGUUUCCUGGCCAAGACAGUGGGUCUGUGCGGUGCCACGCCCUGGGAGGAUCUGCAGAUUGAUAUUGUUGUUGAUACCAUCAAUGACUUCCGUCUAAAAAUUGCAGUCGUCUCGUAUGAGCCCGAGGAUGAGAUCAAGGAGAAGAAGCUGGUCACCCUAAAUGCUGAGGUCAUUCCAUUCUAUCUGGAGAAAUUGGAGCAGACCGUCAAGGAUAACGAUGGUCACCUCGCAUUGGGCAAGCUCACCUGGGCCGAUGUUUACUUUGCCGGCAUCACCGAUUACAUGAACUACAUGGUGAAGCGUGAUCUGCUGGAGCCGUAUCCGGCUCUCCGUGGCGUGGUCGAUGCCAUCAAUGCCCUGGAACCCAUCAAGGCUUGGAUCGAGAAGCGCCCCGUCACCGAGGUCUAAGCUUGACAGCUGACAGGCAUCACAGCAAACAGCAAAGCGGCAGAAAGUGCGGAGGGAGAAUCAUUGCACAAUAACCAAUACAAUCACUGACUAAAUCAACACGCUACACUACACUACACAUUUUGAUUAUUAUUUUUUUUUUUUUGUACACUUUUUAUUAUUCCUCUUUGAUGGGAUUCUAAUUCUUGUAGACCUACGAAAGGGAUUUAACCGCACGGGGUUACGUUCGGAAUUUCAAAUAUUUAUGCGCAGUCUUUAAGCACAUGGCACUAAAUAAUUCUUUUGGCAUAAUUCUCUUUGCAUUGCCUCGAAAAUACGUAAUUAUCCAGCAAUGGAUCUAUUUAAUAGCAUUAAAAACAACCAACUUUUAAAGUUCGCGACUAUAAAAAAUUUAAAAAAAAAAAGAAAAAAAAAAUAUUAUAAUAAUAUCAAACUAUUGCACAGUUAUAAUAUUGCUCUACUUUUAGAAAAUACUCCUAGUACAUAUGUAUAUGCUAAACUCUUACUAUAGAAACUAUAUCUAUAUAUCUGUAUGUCCACAUCCUAUAAGGUUAAUAUUCAACUAACUUUAGUUCAAUGCGAAGAGUUCUAAAUAUUUAAACAACACUACACAACACAAUACAGCAAAAAAAAGGCAAAUAUUACAUUCUUUUAAUACAAUUUUUUUUAAUAUUGUCACACAUUCGUGCAGCCUCAAGAAUUUUCUACGUCCGACCAUUUGAACAAAGAAACACACACAGAGAACCAGCAACAAAAAAGACUCACAAAUAUAUAACCUCAAGUCUUUACACUGCAUAACCAGAUAUUGAAAUUAGCUAGAACAAAAACAAUAAACGGAAAACUGCAAUCUCCACACAGACAACAACUGCCAGCAUACAAUUUAAAUUUUGAUUUUCAUUUAUAAAUUAUUCAAUUGCCACAAACAUCAGGCAUUGUAAUUGAAAUUAUAUUUUAUUUUAUAAUAUUUGCACAAUAUUAAAACAUACACAUUUUGAAUAAACUACACACAAAAUAAGAAUUGAGCAUACUUUUCGAAAGCA